AUGCGUUCCCUUCAAUUACUCUUCGCGGCCGCUGUGGCGCUUCCAGCAGUCUUAGCAGCUGCUCUCCCCUCAGUUUCUGCACUCGCUCUCAAUACCCCAUUCAAGACCAACAAACAAUGGAUACAGGACUCCACAGGCAAGAACUUCACCUAUGUUGGUGUCAAUUGGCCAGGUGCCGCCGACGUGAUGAUCCCGGAGGGUCUGCAGUACGCUUCAAUUGAAUCGAUAGUGUCCAAGAUCAAGAGCCUCAAGAUGAACGUCGUGCGACUGACCUUCGCAAUCGAAAUGAUUGAUAACAUCAAGGACAACGGGGGCGAUGUUACUAUCCAGAAUGCGUUCAAUAAGGCUCUCGGGACAACGAAUGGACCGAAGGUAUACCAGCAGGUUCUUGAGAACAACCCGCAAUUCAACGAGAAAACGACCAGAAUCCAGGUUUUCGAUGCUGUCGCGGCCGAGUUGAACAAGCAAGGCAUCUACGUCCAUUUGGACAAUCAUAUGUCGAAGGGUGCAUGGUGCUGCGGUAGUGGAGACGGAAACACCUGGUUCGGAGACACCUACUUCAACGUCAACAACUGGAAGCGGGGUUUACAGUACAUGGCGGAUCAUGGCAAGUCAUGGCCAAACCUCAUAUCCAUUGGUCUUCGCAACGAACUUCGAAGCGGAGCCACGAAUGGUCUUCCGUACAAUUGGGCGACCUGGUACGACCAAGUGAUCCCAGCCGCCGACCUCGUGAACCAAGCCAACCCAAACAUCCUCAUCUUUCUCUCUGGUCUUGACUACGACACCAAAUUGGAGCCCAUCGCGACCGGCGCAGAUCUGGGCAGCGGCAAGAAGUUCUUGCUGACGAACUUCAAAUACGCCAACAAACUGGUCCUCGAGCUGCACAACUACCAGAAUGAUGCCACAGAUUGUGGAAGCAUGGAGAGCGGCCUGUGGAACAAUGGUUUCAGAGCCACAGGCACGAUUGCCGCAAAUAUAAUGCCUGUAGUGCUCACUGAAUUUGGGUUCUCGCAGGCGGGCACCGACUACACCAAGACGUACGCGACGUGCAUUAAGAAAUUGAUGCCACAAUGGAAGACAGGAUGGAUCGUAUGGGUACUCUCCGGAAGCUAUUAUAUUCGAUCUGGCACACAAGAUUACGAGGAGACUUGGGGAUUGCUCAAUCACAAUUGGUCCGGUUGGCGAAACACAGCCGCGAUAAGUGCGCUCCAGGGAAUGAUUGACGCGUCUUUGAAGGGAUGA